CAAAGUUCGGAGACCCGCCCCCGCCGCGCCGCGCAGCCGUCUGGCCCCUGCGACCCGCCGCCCACCGCCCAGCCGUCCCGCCCGGCUCUCGCGUGCGCCAUGUCUGGUUCCUCCAGCGUCGCCGCAAUGAAGAAAGUGGUUCAGCAGCUCAGGCUGGAAGCCGGGCUCAACCGCGUGAAAGUUUCCCAGGCAGCCGCAGACCUGAAACAGUUCUGUCUGCAGAACGCUCAGCACGAUCCUCUCCUGACUGGAGUAUCUUCAAGUACAAAUCCCUUCAGACCCCAGAAAGUCUGUUCUUUUUUGUAGUACAGUGGGUCUUCCGAAGGUAAGUUUCCUUAAAUACAUUUUACAAAACCUUUCAUCGUAGGAGUAACUAGUCAGCUCUCUGUCUGCAGCGCUGGAAAGAUUAUCCUGUGCUAGUUUCCAGUCUUUUUCUGUUUGGUAAGGAAAGUGAGGGUUGAAACGUACUGAUUUAGCAAUUCCAAAGACUAAUUGUUUCUGUUUUACCAUAAAGAAAGUUAGAGGAUUUACUAACCAUAAAGGUGUAGGAGAGUUACUGUAAAAUUCCACUGCUGUGACAAACCCCGUGUUACUUUUUAUAGCAUUAAGCCCAAUGGCAUGUUUAUUUUGGGGUCCCCAAACCACAAUUUUGUUUUUGUAUACCUAUCAGAUUUUUAGACAGUUGAAAAAAUCUGUAGUGUCUAUGAGGGUGACUUUUAAACUGCUGCCACUUGGAUUAAUUCUAGUUUUUGCUCUAAUAGAAUCUAGGUAUAGGACAGUAUAGCAAAAGAAUUGGGAGCUGGGAAUACAAGAGAAAAUCAGGAGCAAGUUGAAUAAGUAGACAUGGUAGAGGCAGGCCUCUGGAGUGAGGAAUAACAGGUUUUACUUGUUCUCAUUUGUUAAAGAUAAACAUGGAGGAAAUAAGCUGUAUGAGUUGUAGAUUGAAUAUCAGAGAAUUAAACUAAAGACCUGCAGGCUCUAUUACAGCAUGCUUCACCAUAUUAAUUUAAAUGUUAGUCCAAGAGAUGUAACCCAAAACAAGCUUUGAAUAAUUAGAAAUUAACUCCAGGGUGCUACCUUUUAUAAAUUCCUAGGACUUUAGUUAGGACACAUACUCACUAGCAUUGAUCUAUGAGAAGCAAGUUCAAUAGUGCUUGGAAAGAAAAGAUUUUGUAUAUGGCACACCCAUUACUAGCAUUUUCACUCUGCACAGUCCUGGAAGCUGCUUCCUAAAAUGCCUUGUUAAAUAGUUGUGCCCUCCCUAAUUAUGCGUUGUAGACUUGAGAGUGUCCAGUAAAUGGUAUUGGUUGGUUAAGAGGGUGAAAAAUACAAUAUGCCUUUGAGUAACAGGUGUCUUGUAGGGAACCAGUGCAUGAGGCAGUAAUUCCUUGUAAGUCUAGCAUUUUCAUAUUUACAGUUCAUUGUUUCUGGCGAUAUUCAUUUGAUU